AAAGACUCUCCCCAUCUCAUCUCUGCUCCUCCUACUAAAAAGUCAACAGAAGCCGACCUCAAUUCAAGCUCCAACCACAAUCACCAACCCCCCUCUUCACCUUUCAGCCCCCCAGUUGACAUAUUCGGCAACCCAGCAGACAGCUGCAAAAAUUUCAACGGCGGUCCCAAAAACUUCGCCCAGCAGCCAACAAUUGUCAACGAUAUACGAGACUGUCCGAUUGAGCUCCCCCACUACAAUGGAGGAGUUAAUCACGUGGGGGGAGACAUAGGGGCCGCUAAACUGGGGGGCAAUUUCCACCAUGAGCGGGUGAACAAAGUGGAUGCGUAUGCUAUUUUUCAGUAUAAGACACGCAAUUAUGGGCUGUUGUCGAAAGAGGAAAUUUGUGUGCUGCAACACUGCAUGUGUGAAUUGAGCAAAGUCAGUCCUCAAUCGGCCCUCUAUGACCUUGAACUGGAGGUGUACACUGAGUCCAACGGGGGAUCCAACUUCGGAUUCUUAUCUGGCAGUGGUGCCAACAGAUUCGUGGCUGUCUACAAUGAGUACAAGGAUCCAGAAAUGAUUUGGGCGAGGAAAACCACCCGCAGCAGAGUGAGUGCAUUGCCCUGGAGGUAUCUCAUGUAUGGCUUCAUCCUGCUCGUGUUCAUGGGAUUCGCAGGGGCUGUGGUCCACUACUUCGCUGUCCCACAGACAUGGCUCAAGACUUACGUGGAAGGACUUGUGACCGUUCGCAGUGUAGUUCUGGAUGCAAAAAGUGACCCCUACGACAAAGGUCAAAACCCAAUCUUCUCUGAAGACUUCUUCAGCCAGCACGGACUGCUACCCUGAAUUGGAAUUAUUUAUCAACCAUUUAUUGUCUAACAAAGAAAAACAUUUUGGCCAA